GGAGAUAAAAUCGGUGUGUGUCAUGUGAGAAAGAGAAACUAGAAGUAGAACAGUAGAAUUAUUUUUUUAUUUUUGGGUGUUUAAUUAUGACUUAGAUUAAGACAACUGAACAAAUGACAAGAUGCAUGAUGCAUAUGAAUCUACAACCUUAUUGGAAAAGCUACCUCUGAAAAUUGAAGCCAUAGCAUGCUACGAUGACAUUUUGCUUGUUGGUACAAAGGAAGGACAUUUACUUCAAUAUAAAAUAAAAAGGGGGACAGGGGAUAAUAAGUAUGAUGUAGUGUUGGAACGUUCAAAUAAGAACUUUGGGAAGAAACCAAUCACCCAGCUAUAUGCAGUCCCAGAACUCUUCUUAUUGAUAAGUCUGACUGAGAAUGUGUUAAGUGUACAUGACCUGAAGACUUUCCAGUUAAUAGUAUGUCUUAGCAGAACAAAAGGGGCCACAUUGUUUGCAGUAGAUGUACAGAAUGCAAAGACUCUUUCAGGGGGUGACCAAUGUAUGUUACGUGUGUGUGUUGCUGUUAGGAAGAAAUUACAGAUUAUGUUUUGGAAAAACAAAACCUUCCAUGACUUAGAGGAUUUCACAUUGUAUGAAGUCCCAAAAGCCAUGUGCUGGUGUAAAGAUUCCAUAUGUGUAGGAUUUUAUAAAAGAGAGUACUUUCUAGUCAAGGUCAAUUCAGGUGAUACCAAAGAGUUAUUUCCCUUGGGCAGUAAACAGCAGGAACCAAUCAUAGCUCGUUUAGAUGAUGACAGGUUGAUGCUGGGGCGGGACGAGUCCUCCAUUCUGAUCGACUCUGACGGCAACCCAACACAGAGGUACCCCAUCAGCUGGUCUGAUCUACCCAUUCAAAUUGAAAAUAAUCCACCGUAUGUGAUUGCUGUGUUACCAAAGUAUGUUGAAGUUCGGACUGUGGAACCUCGACUGAUGAUUCAGAAUAUUCCACUUUCUAAAGCUCACACCAUUUGUCAAGGGAGUGGACAUAUAUACAUCUCAUCUCAGACCAGUGUGUGGAAGCUUACCCCUAGAUCUCUAAAUUUCCAGAUCAAGCAACUCUUGGAGAGCAAAGAGUUUGAACUGGCCUUGAAAUUGGCUGACAUGACAGAAGACAGACCAGAAGAAAAGGACAGACUCAUACACAGAAUUAGAACUCUUUACGCAUUUCAUCAGUUUUGUCAGCACAAGUUUGAGGAGUCGAUGGCCAUUUUUGUCAAACUCGGAACAGAUCCUUCCCAUGUCAUAGGACUCUACCCAAACUUGCUCCCCCAGGAAUUUAGGAACCAGUUAACCUAUCCUGAGAGACCUCCUGACCUAGAAGGAGGGGAACUAGAAAAGGCAUUACUGGCAUUACAAGAUUACCUCACUCAGAAAAGGAAAGAAGUUUCAAAGGAUAUCAACAAAGAGAUUGAGACCACUGCCAUCAAAGAAGGAGAUGUGACAAUAAAAUCUAAGAAACAGCUGAGUCAGAUUAUAGACACAACUCUUCUCAAGUGUUACCUUCAGACCAAUGACGCUCUUGUGGCACCAUUGCUUCGCCUCAAGGACAACAAUUGUCAUGUUGAAGAAAGUGAGAAAGUUCUCAAGAAGAAAGAAAAGUUUAGCGAACUCAUUAUAUUAUACGAAAAAAAGGGUUUACAUGAGAAAGCUCUUCAGCUUCUUGUGAAACAAGCUGCCAGACCUAAUUCUCCACUAAAAGGCCAUGAUAGAACAGUCCAAUAUCUUCAGCAUUUAGGUAAGGAGCAUCUGAAGUUGAUCUUUGAGUAUGCUGAAUGGGUGUUAAAGGAGCACCAAGAGGACGGGCUCAAGAUUUUUACAGAGGAUUUACCCGAAGUAGAAAAUCUCCCGAGAGAGGAAGUUUUAAAUUAUUUAGAAAAUAUCAAUAGUGAACUUGCCAUUCCAUACUUAGAACACAUCAUUUGGAAGUGUGAUGACAAGUCGCCUGAAUUCCACAAUAGAUUAGCCCAAUUACUGCAGGAGAAGGUUCAAAAGCUCAUGAAGGAAUACCUACAAGGGCUUCCAGAAGGACACAUUCCAAAGCGAGCCGGACAGGAGCCAGGGGAGCUAGGCCAGGUCCGCAGCACUCUCCUCAAAUUCCUCAACAUGUCCGAGUUCUACAUCCCAGAAAGGCUACUCACCAGGUUCCCAUUGGGUUUCUUUGAGGAGAGAGCCAUCUUGUUGGGUAGACUAGGCAGACAUGAACAAGCUCUCGGGAUCUAUGUACAUGUUCUUCAUGAUGAUCGACUGGCAGAGGAGUACUGCAAGAAAUAUUACAGAAAAGAUAAAGACAGCUUAAAAGAUGUGUAUUUCUACUUGCUUAAAAUGUACUUGGACCCUCCUUCCCCUUCCACUUUGGGCGUGUCAGCCAGUCAAGGAAUUAUUCCGAAGCCCAACAUGAAUGCUGCUCUGAGACUUAUGAAGGAACAUGCUCCAAAAAUCGACACUAGCAAGUCACUUGAACUCUUGCCAUCUACAACCAAAAUGUCAGAAAUUUUGGCAUACCUAGAGAAUGUGAUGGAACAUCAGGCCAUGAUCAGGAGAAAGAACCAAGUGUUGAAGAGUAUGUUGUAUGCAGAGAACCUCCAGGUGCAUGAACAAAGAAUGUUUUAUGAAAAGUGUAAGGUAACCAUCACUGAUGAAAAGAUGUGUCGGGUCUGUCGCAAGAAAAUUGGAAACAGUGCCUUUGUGAGGUAUCCUAAUGGAGUCAUUGUUCACUAUUACUGUUGUAAAGACCCCAAAGAGUGCCCAGUGGAAGUCUGAAAAAAGGACCUGAAAGCAUAAUUUGUUUAUCAAAGUGACAGCUGUGUUCAUUUUGUUAGUGUCUUGUUCAGGUUUAAUCCAUUUCUAUACAAAAACAUCACUAACUAGAAAGACCAUUAUGUAUGUGCAUUAACUUUUUAUCCCUUGGUUGCUCUCAUUAUGUCAAUGUAGUACUGUUUGAUAGUAUAUGAAUCAGGUGUGCAUGUUUAUUUUUAUAAUUAUCAGUUAAUUGUAGGUUAUUGAAAUUUUAUUACACAAUUAUGACAACAAGAGACUAAUUCGUGUGUAUUGAAAUUAAGGUCUGUUUCAAAAGAAGUGAGGAAGAUGAAAUAUUUGAUGCACUGUUUUAAAAUAAGCACAGUUAAUCUAUAUGCUUAUAUUUAGAAGACACUGUUGUUGAUAUUGUUAUAAAAUGCUAAAUGAUACAUGUACAUAUAAAAUAUUAAAUAUCAAUAUAAAUGGUACAUGUAAUUUUAGUGUCUUUGUUUGGAUAGCAGGUAAAGCAAGUAUGUGAAUCUUAUGAACUUGCAUACACUAAAUUUGAGAAAUAAAAAAAAUCUGCAUUUUGUAAAAACUCAUUUUUUUAAAAAAAGAUUUCUUAAUUUAUACACAUUUAUUUUGUGAGUAUUAUUUAACAGCCUGUCAUAUAUUAAUAUCCCUAUCUAUUUCGCUUGAUAUUCAUAAGUAAAUUUGACGUGUCCAAUGCAAGCAACAUUCAAUCAAUAGAGUAAAAAAGUUCACAAAUUCUGUUUUGAAAUAAUCCCACUAAAAGCUUCAGGUUUCAAUAUAUACCCAUACAGCUACAGAGAGUUACCUUAACAAAAGGUAUAAAUAUAAGUACCGGUACCUGGGUUAUUAUGUUUAAAAAUUAUUUAUGUCUCUGAUUGUAUCUGAUUACUAGUAUCAGUUCCUCUUAAAAUAAUAAUAAGAGUUUCAGAGCUCUUGCAUUUUUAAAGGGUAUUUUGUAUAUGUUCAUGUUGAAAUAAUUUAUUUGUAAAUAAGUAUUGCUUAAUAAAAAGA